GCCAUUCCAGCGUGCCGCGCCUUCUACUCGGCGGCGUGGGACAUUUUCGGGGACGGCCUGGAGGUCACUUGUGACUUCCAGCUGGUGUUCCCUUCUUUACAAGCGGGUGCGGACGACGCCUUCGUGACGGUGGAUUCAGGCGCGGGCCGCCAGCGGCAGCGUUGCUGCAGCCGCCCGUCGAACAUCGUUCGCGUGGCCCUCCGCCCGCGCUGCAUCUCGCCCCAGCGGACCAAUGCGAAGGGGCUGUGGAAGUUCCGCCCGAAGGUCUCCAAGGGCGACAACUUCGAGCUGCACUGCAAGGCGAUCAUCGAUCCGGACCUGCGCGAGAAGCGAGGUUGGGUUGAAGCGAUGGUCAUCGUGGACAUGACCGAGGGUGGGGGCUAUGACAGGGCUUGGGCGUGGGCGCGCUUCCUGCGCGCCCUAGUCGCGCUGCCCGUCGACGCCUUGCAUUUCCUGGGCGUCGAAAUGGUCGAAGAUGCCGGCGAUGCCGUUGCCGAGCCGCCCGCCUGGGACGAAAGCUUCGGGCCCACGGUCAAGCCGCUGCUGAUCCGCGCCUGCAGAGGCCGCUCGCCUCGAGCGAUUUCGUCCAAACGGAUCUACGUCAGGCGCGUGCUGCCCGACAGGCGCCAGCGCGCGGCCAUCGUUGCGCCGCUCGAAGUCACCUCCGCGGCCCAGUCGACGGCCCGGCAGGUGGUGCCCCCGGAAAAGGACCUCAGCGGGGCGCGACAGUGCAAGUGCCUCAGCGCCUUUCCCAUUCAGAGGGCCAACUGCCCGUUCGUCGACGACUUCGUCGUCGAAGCCGGCGGGGAUUGCGCCGACGGAGCAGUUGAGCUGGUCCGUUGGUGCCUGGAGACGAAGCGCGGAGAAGACUUGGUUAAUUUCCCGCGCGGGCUUCGGCCGCACGGGCGGUCGAGGGACUAUG